UAACCUCCGCCUCCAAAGCCUUGACGAUGGUUGCCUCCCACCUCUCUUCCUCCUCCUCAUCUCAUGCCACCCUCGCCUAGAACCCCUCCGCCUCCGGAUCUCCGGCGGACUCCCCGCGCCCCGAUCGCCUCCUGACCUUCGUCACGCCGGAUCUUUCCUCCAAUUCCCCUCUGAAUUCAUCGAAUUGCCGUUGCCCCCAUCAAGAACGCCGCCCGCCCCGCCCCGCCCUAGAGGUGGCGACACGAGACGAAACCCUUGGGGUCGGUUCUUGCGGGGCGCGGUUUCUGGCCGCGCCGCGGUUGCGCCGAGCUCGUGGGAUGGGUGCGCCCAAGCAGAGGUGGACGUCAGAGGAGGAGGCCGCGCUCAAGGCCGGCGUCGCCAAGCACGGCCCGGGCAAGUGGCGGACCAUCCUCCGCGACCCGGACUUCAGCGCCGUCCUGCGCCUCCGAUCCAAUGUUGACCUCAAGGACAAGUGGCGUAACUUGAGUGUCACAGCUGGAGGAUAUGGCUCAAGAGAGAAGGCAAGAAUGGCAUUGAAGCAAGGCAAGCGUGUGCCUAAGGUUGUCACCGAACCAAUGGAUGUCGAUACAAGUAAUCUGGACAAUGCCCCCACUGCAGUGAUCGAUGCCAAACCACUGGCAAUGGUUGUUGAACCCAAGCAGCUUGAGUGCAGUCCAGGGAAGUCAGUUGCUAGGCUUGAUGACCUCAUAUUAGAAGCUAUAAAGAAGCUUAAGGAGUCUUCUGGAUCUAAUAAAGCAACCAUCGCUACAUACAUUGAGGAGCAAUACUGGCCACCUACUGAUUUUCAAAGGUUACUAUCUUCAAAAUUGAAGGCAUUGGUUGCUACUGGAAAAUUGAUGAAGGUCAACCAAAAAUACAGAAUUGCACCGAGUUCAGGAUCGUUAGGUGGAAGGAGUACCAAAGUGCAUUCCACUGGAGACAACAGGCAAAAUAUUAGUAUUAAACAACUAACUAAGCCUCAAGUGGAUGCUGAACUGGAUAUGAUGACACGCAUGACUAAGGAAGAAGCAGCAGUAUUUGCUGCCAAGGCAGUGGCCGAGGCAGAAGUGGCCAAUGCAGAGGCUGAAGAGGCAGCAAGGGUUGCAGAAGCUGCAGAAGUUGAGGCUGAAGCUGCAAAGGUUUUUCUUGAUGCUGUCAUGUUGACUGUGCAAAACAAAAAGGCUGCCUCUGCGAUUCUUCAAGCUUGCUGAUCUGUUGCGUGCAUUUGGCUUCAGUCAAUAGAACUUUGUCCGAGGCAAUACUUGCGUUGUACCACCAAGCUUUUGUCGAUACAUGAGUUUCUUGUAUAGCCUUAUAGAUGAAGAUGUUUCAGUGAGGGGAGGGGUUUUCAACAUCUUGCUGCUGGUCCUGAACCCUAACGCACCAUUUGAGAUGAUGCCAUCCAGUAAGCAUCCAGCUAGAUAAUAUAUCAUGUAAUUGGCGCUAUGUUGUGUUACCAAUCAAUGACGCAAUAACAGGAACGGACGGGAAAGUAGCAUUCAAUUUUCUUCCCUUUUUCCUCGACAUAUGUUUAUUUGUAAUUAAACUCUAGCCCUUUCCCUUAGUUCAAGUGGUGUCACCAAAUAGAAUUAUAGUGAAAGAAAGGUCGUCUUAAUUUAUGCAAA